UGCAAAGACCUCGAUUGCCAAGACACUUGGAAUCGCAAAGGUCUCGCCUGGUGAGUAUGCACGAAGUACUAGUGGCUGUCUGUAUGACCACUUGGGUCAGUCGGAUAUAACUCGAGAAAGCCGGCACCACUUAUUAGUUGUUGUUGACGAACUCAGCUUUUACUUCUUUAUACUUUUGAUUCAUGCAAUGGUGGCAUCAAUCAACCCGAAGCAGCCAUGCUGGCUGUUUCAUGUUCUAUUCAGUUCAAUGCAUUUGUUUCAGGCCGUCCGGGUUCCUCCGCCAAUAAGACAAACCGUGAUCCAGCAAGGGGUUGCAGGGAUUGAAAAUCAAACCCCAAGAAUUUAUGCCGCUGGAGAAGAAGGGCGGAGGGAUAAAUCUGAGCUUGAAGAUGGACCUGUCCGCUGGAAAUGCUUCUUGGAACUCACCGAAUGGUGUGGGGUGGAUCCAAAUUGCACAGGGUCCAGCGGCGGGCAGCGUGUCAACCUUCCCUUUUCUCCCACCCCACUGUCAAAUCAGACCGAUCGCUCGGUUCUGGACCUGCAACUCCCACAACCCUAUAAAACGCUCAAACCCGGACCAGACACAAAAGAUUCUUUGGUUUCUGUUGCUGGAUUCGCUUAGAUUCUGACUCGCUUGUGAAGGGACACACUUUUACCCCCGUAAAUACUCCACGGCUCUAGGUAGAGCGAUCGAUCUAAGAUCCUGAAACGAUCUAAGCCCUGAAGAUCGUUAACUCCUUCGAGGUAAUCCCAAUUGUUUCCUACCACGUGGCU